UGCUCCCGGCAGAGGUGCGUGUCCACCAGAGCUGCCGUGGCAAUAGCAAACCAAGGAACAAUGAUGACUGCCAGUCUCACCCCCGCUUGGUAGAAAGCGGUAAGUGAUAUUAAGUGCCCUGCUUGUCUCUUUAAAUAUCCAGAGCGGUAAUGGUUUCAGCGGGGGUGGAUGGGUACCCCAGCUGCGCGACGCCUAUUUUAGGAGGUCUUCGCGGAGUCCUGGCAUGUGGUUCUCGAUCAUUCUCCCUGACCAGAGCUCUCAAAAAACAACCUGCUUACCCUUGGAAUGGACGUGUGGACAGUACCUGCAAAGCGAGAGAAAGGCUGGUAUUUGGACCUCAUGGCACCGAAUGUGAAGGGACCUAAAUACGCCUGGCUCGAUCCCUCCAGACUGUACUGUAACAAACAGGGUUUGCAAGACUGCAUUGAAGACCUGCUUCAACCGUUCCAAGGAGAGACCAUCGACCUGGUGGCUGGGAUUGAUGCCAUGGGAUUCAUUCUAGGCUCUGCCAUUGCCAUCUCUCUUGGUAAAGGGUUCCUCGCUAUUCGGAAGUCAGGGCACCUGUGUGUGAAGACCCACUCCCAGGACUACACUGACUACACGGGGAGGGAGAAAGCCCUGGAGGUCCGCACUGACAUCUUAAAAGCAGGGGUGCGUGUCCUGAUCGUGGACCAGUGGGUAGAGACAGGAGGGACAAUGAAGGCAGCGAUCAAACUGGUGGAGCAGCAAGGUGCAGUUGUAGUGGGUGUUGCUGCUGUGUGCAUUGAGAACAGCGAGGGAGGGCAGUGGAUCAGGGAGCGAUACAAACACUCCCACUGUGUACCUGCUCAUUUGCAGCCCCAGUUCGACAAGCAGAGCCUGGAGUCCUUCCAAGCCUUCCAGAGCAACGACCGCCUCUGAACGCUGCCGGGGAGAGGGAUCGAGGCAGAGCCACGGGGAAGCGAUGGAUCAGUCUUUAUUACAGAGAGAGAGAGAGCGAGCGAGCGGCUUGUGCUUUAUUGGAGGUGUCUCUGCUCCCCAUGGGGGAAAGCCAAUGCAAUAAUAGGUCAGAUUCACAAAGUCAGUCAAUUAAAUAUAUAUUCAAUUUCAAAUGAAUGGCUGUUACAAGGGCUAUAAAACCAGCACUAUCAGAAACUCACAAGUCAAAGCUUUGUAAAUAAAUACCUAAUUUAAUGAA